AUGAGAGAAGACAAAGAAAUUACUUUUAUAGAGAAUACCUUCAUCAUUAUCGCAUUUGUUCUGAUCGCGACUCAAUGUGGUGCAGAGGCUGGAAGAGUUAAAAGAGAUUCUUCGGAUUCUGAUGACAGUCAAAGUGAUGAAAAUGGUUCUUCUUCGUCUUCAUCGGACUCGCUUGCUGAUGUAGAUAGAGAACCCAAACACGGUCAUAACAAUAAAGGUUAUUACUAUUGGCAUCCAAUAUGGUCCUAUGGAGGAAACACAACAAGCAAAGUAAUAAAAUAUGACACUAAAAAUGUAACGGAUGAACCAACAACAGAAAUGACAGCUCCAAGUGGGGAUAAAGGCAAUGAUAAUACAUCUCUUGGAGAAGAUAAAAAAGGAGAUGAUAAAGACGGAAAUAAAAAGGGUGUUAUACUACAAAGCAACCUAGUCAUCAUCAUAGCGUGUAUUAUUCUGGUUCAACAUGAAACAGGCGCAAACAUGAUAAAGAAAGAUGAACCGCAUGAGAGUCUUGAAGAUGCAGAUACUACGCCGGAUGACGAUGAAUAUGAUGGUUAUACCUCCACUGUGGGUGAAACCGAUGAUGAUAAACCAGAAGAUGCCUCGGUACCUCGUCUGAUAGUUCUUAUUUGUUGCAUUUCGGCGAUCGUUGCAAGACCAGACAAUUAUGAUGCUAUCCUCUCCCAACGGCAAAACAACAUUUUGAAUAAGCCUCAGAAAGUAGGACCAAACGUAUCUGCUAAUGCGGUUGCAGCUGAAGAAUCUAAUGUUAAUAAUAUAGGUCAAAAUGUAUUGACAGGGUCGGGUGGGCUGAGAAAAUUGAGGCCACAAAUCGUCAAGGAUUGGCCCUAUGAUUUGUUGAUUGUCAUGGCGAAGGCCAGACGAAUCGGGAAUCAAAUUCGUUUAAACUCAAAGGUGAUGAUAUCCGUGGGAUCAUUGGAACCCUCGGAAUAA